CAUGGAAGCUCGCGCCCAGGCAGCCCCAAAGCCGCACCUCCCCGACGCUCGGUCCUAGCGCCCGCCCAUGCCCCUCUAAUACACAUUCCCGAACCUAUUUGCUUUCUCCCUUCUUCCCCUCUACGCCUGCACUCGCCCCGGCUUCCCUCAUUAACGGCAGCUCAGCUUCCCGCGCCCUCGCCUCCCUUAACUGCCCUUUCCUCCUUCCCUGUCGCAUUGUUCUCCCCGCCCCUACCACAACUUCCCUCCACACCGCUCGGCACGCCUCCUACCCCCACCCCGGCGCGCGCUCGCCAGCUGGUGCGUACUGAGCUCGAACCCGCUCCUCACGACCCCUCCUCUCGCCUUCCCCGCCCCCUUCCUCCACCUUGAGCCCCGCGCGCGCGCAUCCGGCCCCGGCCACCGCUAACGCUAGAAGCUGCUUACUCCACCCCCACCCCACCCUACCCAACCCCUGGCGGCCUCAGGUUUGUGGGGCGUACGUGACUCGGGCGGGGGGUGAAGGUGGCAGGCCCCCCACUGCCCCACCCCCUACGGGGUGAGGCUGUCUAAGCUCGGGAAGCUGGGACACAGUUGUCUUCCCUUCCCCGGGGGAAGUUGGUGGAGUUUUCCCGGCAGAGGAGUCGGCGCAGAAACUUCCUCCGUCCCCCUAUUCCCCCCUCCAUGCAGGCGACGCCGAGUGAGGCUGAGGCUGGGGGCGAAUCGCCGAAGAGCUGCGUGUCGGCAGCGCAGUCUGAUUGGACAGCGGGGAAGCCUGUCAGCUUAUUGGCCCCGCUGAUCCCGCCCCGUAGCGCAGGGCAGCCUUUAACCUUUAGCCCCAGUGGGCGCCAGCCACUCAGAUCGCUUCUUGUUGGUAUGUGUAGCGGCAGUGGCCGCCGGCGGAGCAGUCUGAGUCCGACGAUGAGGCCGGGGACGGGAGCCGAGCGUGGAGGCCUCAUGGUGAGUGAAAUGGAGAGCCAUCCUCCCUCGCGGGGUCCCGGGGACGGGGAGCGGAGAUUGUCCGGCUCAAGCCUCUGCUCCAGCUCUUGGGUCUCUGCUGACGGCUUCCUGAGGAGACGGCCCUCGAUGGGGCACCCUGGCAUGCAUUAUGCCCCAAUGGGAAUGCAUCCUAUGGGUCAGAGAGCGAAUAUGCCUCCUGUACCUCAUGGAAUGAUGCCGCAAAUGAUGCCCCCAAUGGGAGGACCACCAAUGGGACAAAUGCCUGGAAUGAUGUCUUCAGUAAUGCCUGGAAUGAUGAUGUCUCAUAUGUCUCAGGCUUCCAUGCAGCCUGCCUUACCGCCAGGAGUAAAUAAUAUGGAUGUAGCAGCAGGUACAACAUCCGGUGCAAAAUCAAUGUGGACUGAACAUAAAUCACCUGAUGGAAGGACCUACUACUAUAAUACUGAAACAAAACAGUCUACUUGGGAGAAACCAGAUGAUCUUAAAACUCCUGCUGAGCAACUUUUAUCUAAAUGCCCUUGGAAGGAGUACAAAUCUGACUCUGGAAAGCCCUACUAUUACAAUUCUCAAACAAAAGAAUCCCGCUGGGCGAAACCUAAAGAACUUGAAGAUCUUGAAGGAUACCAGAAUACCAUUGUUGCUGGAAGUCUUAUUACAAAAUCAAACCUGCAUGCAAUGAUCAAAGCUGAAGAAAGCAGUAAACAAGAAGAGUGCACCACAUCAACAGCCCCAGUUCCUACAACAGAAAUUCCAACCACAAUGAGCACCAUGGCUGCUGCAGAAGCAGCAGCUGCUGUUGUUGCAGCAGCAGCUGCAGCAGCAGCAGCUGCGGCUGCAGCCAAUGCAAGUGCUUCCACCUCUGCUUCUAGUACUGUCGGUGGAACUGUUCCAGUUGUUCCUGAGCCUGAGGUUACUUCGAUUGUUGCUACUGUUGUAGAUAAUGAAAAUACAGUAACAAUUUCGACUGAAGAACAAGCACAACUUACUAGUACCUCUGCUGUUCAGGAUCAAAGUGUUGAAGUGUCUAGUAAUACUGGAGAAGAAACAUCUAAGCAGGAAACUGUAGCUGAUUUUACUCCCAAAAAGGAGGAGGAAGAAAGCCAACCAGCAAAAAAAACAUAUACUUGGAAUACAAAGGAGGAAGCAAAGCAAGCAUUUAAAGAAUUAUUGAAGGAAAAGCGGGUACCAUCUAAUGCUUCAUGGGAACAAGCUAUGAAAAUGAUCAUUAAUGAUCCACGAUACAGUGCUUUAGCAAAGUUGAGUGAAAAAAAGCAGGCCUUUAAUGCUUAUAAAGUCCAGACAGAGAAAGAAGAAAAAGAAGAAGCAAGAUCCAAAUACAAAGAGGCUAAGGAAUCCUUUCAGCGUUUUCUUGAAAAUCAUGAAAAAAUGACUUCCACAACUAGAUACAAAAAAGCAGAGCAAAUGUUUGGAGAGAUGGAAGUCUGGAAUGCAAUAUCAGAACGUGAUCGUCUUGAAAUCUAUGAAGAUGUUUUAUUCUUUCUUUCAAAAAAAGAAAAGGAGCAAGCAAAGCAGUUGCGAAAGAGAAAUUGGGAAGCCUUAAAAAACAUACUUGACAACAUGGCUAACGUGACAUACUCUACUACUUGGUCUGAAGCCCAGCAGUAUCUGAUGGAUAAUCCAACUUUUGCAGAAGAUGAAGAAUUACAGAACAUGGAUAAAGAAGAUGCGUUAAUUUGCUUUGAAGAACACAUUCGGGCUUUAGAAAAGGAAGAAGAAGAAGAAAAACAGAAGAGUUUGCUUCGGGAAAGGAGACGACAGCGUAAAAACAGAGAAUCUUUUCAGAUAUUUUUAGAUGAACUGCAUGAACAUGGACAACUGCAUUCUAUGUCAUCUUGGAUGGAAUUGUAUCCAACAAUUAGUUCCGACAUUAGAUUCACUAAUAUGCUUGGUCAGCCGGUUUUUUCAUUAGGAUCAACUGCACUUGACCUUUUCAAGUUUUAUGUUGAGGAUCUUAAAGCACGUUAUCAUGAUGAGAAGAAGAUAAUAAAAGACAUUCUAAAGGAUAAAGGAUUUGUAGUUGAAGUAAAUACUACUUUUGAAGACUUUGUGGCAAUAAUCAGUUCGACUAAAAGAUCAACCACAUUAGAUGCAGGAAAUAUUAAGUUGGCUUUCAAUAGUUUACUAGAAAAGGCAGAAGCCCGUGAACGUGAAAGAGAAAAAGAGGAGGCUCGGAAGAUGAAACGAAAAGAAUCUGCAUUUAAGAGUAUGUUGAAACAAGCUACUCCUCCAAUAGAAUUGGAUGCUGUCUGGGAAGAUAUCCGGGAGAGAUUUGUAAAAGAGCCAGCAUUUGAGGAUAUAACUCUAGAGUCUGAAAGAAAACGAAUAUUUAAAGAUUUUAUGCAUGUGCUUGAGCAUGAAUGUCAACAUCAUCAUUCAAAGAAUAAGAAACACUCUAAGAAAUCUAAAAAACAUCACAGGAAACGCUCCCGCUCUCGAUCAGGGUCAGAUUCAGAUGAUGAUGACAGCCAUUCAAAGAAAAAAAGACAGCGAUCAGAGUCUCGUUCUGCUUCAGAACAUUCUUCUAGUGCUGAAUCUGAGAGAAGUUAUAAGAAAUCAAAAAAACAUAAGAAGAAAAGCAAGAAGAGAAGACAUAAAUCUGACUCUCCAGAGUCAGAUGCUGAACGGGAGAAGGAUAAAAAAGAAAAAGACCGGGAAAGCGAAAAAGACAGAACUAGACAAAGAUCAGAGUCAAAACACAAAUCACCUAAGAAAAAGACUGGAAAGGAUUCUGGUAAUUGGGAUACUUCUGGCAGUGAACUGAGUGAAGGGGAAUUGGAAAAGCGUAGAAGGACCCUUUUGGAGCAACUGGAUGAUGAUCAAUAAAUUAUACCAAAUAUGUUUACAGUAUGAUUUAAAGUCUAAUUCAGACCAGGGAUUCUAUUUUAAGUUCAAUUGAAAUAACAC